AUGAUCAAUCCCCGCGAAGCCACUGUUGCGGACAUCCCGCAAAUUCGCGAUAUCAACCACUAUUACAUCGUCAACACCUCGCUGACAUUCGCAACAACCCCGCCACCCAUUUUUGAAUAUGAAGACAGACUACGAGACCUGAAGAGGCGGAAGCUGCCAUUCCUAGUCCUGGCUUCAGAUCAGCGAAAAACCCAUGACGGUGCUGACCUUGUUCUCGGCUAUGCAUAUUUGUCACCAUUCCGCGGGCAUUUGCUUGCAUAUGCGCCUACAGUGGAGCUCUCGAUCUUCAUGCAUCCCGAAGAGCGAGAUCACGGGCUUGGAACAAUCCUCUUGGAGGCGAUCAUGAAUCGCGUUCGUGACGGUCUUGUAGAGCACCGCUGUGAGGAGCGAGUCGGCGAUAUCGGUAGCCUGGUGCCUGGCGGUUCCAUUGCCGUUAGCACCGAUGCUAGCGUGCGGAACGUCAUUGCGGUAGUGGCCAUUGACCCUGACACUUACUUGAAUGGCGAAGGACUGAGAACAUGGUACUGCCAGCGUGGGUUUGUCGAGAAGGGAAGACUGGACAGAGUCGGCGAGAAGAAUGGCAAAUGGAUCGAUACUGUUUAUCUUCAAUACACAGCUCCAAUGAGUAUUCCUACCGAGUUUGGACAAGGGGUUGCCGGUAUGCAAUCUUGGCAUUGA